AUGUUAAAAUUAUCUAAAUUAAUUUAUUAUCAUUUUCUAUUUGUAUUAUUAAUGCUAGCAAUCGAAUUUCGAAGUGGUUCUUCAAUGUGGUGGAAUACUGAGGGACAGAAUAGUAGUACGAUACAUCCUGAGGAACCUGCUGGGCAAGUUCAACAUAUUCAUGCUCCACCAUCAACACCGAUAGGUUCUGUUGCUGCUUCUCCUGCUCAUGGUUCUCCAGUAAGAAACUUUGACCACACGUAUUAUGGAACAACGUCCAAUCAAUUUGGAAAUCCAACUUUCACACCUGAUGACGUAUACUGA